AUGCGUCUUCAAGUAUAUUCUCGAGUCUCUUCAAGACAAUGGCAGGUCUACAAGAACCUCAACUUCCCCAGACCAUUCCCCUCAGCACGGUCCUUCCAUGCAACAACGAGAGCUCAAGCCAUAAAACCGUUUCUACUAGCGGAUAUCGGUGAAGGAAUCAGAGAAUGCGAAAUCAUUCAGUGGUUCGUCGAGCCCGAAGCCCGAGUCGAGGAAUUCGACAAGCUAUGUGAAGUUCAGAGCGACAAAGCUUCCGUGGAAAUCACCAGCCGAUUCCCAGGGAUUGUCAAGAAGCUACACUAUGAAGCCGGUGAAAUGGCCAAAGUAGGCAAGCCCUUGGUGGAUAUUGACAUACAGGGAGAGGUCAAACAAGAGGAUCUGGCGGCUUUGACAGAACCAUCGGCAGGGGAGGAGUCGAAAGCCCAGGUAGACAAGACUCCGGGCUCCUUGUCAUCGGCACCCAGUAUGGAAACACAGCCAGAACUAGAAAAUGUAUCGCUGUCGAAAGGGAAGCAUGGUGCGUUAGCAACACCAGCAGUCAGGCACCUGACUAAAGAAUUGGACGUCAAUAUCUCAGAUGUCCAAGGCACCGGAAGGGAUGGACGUGUUAUGAAAGAAGAUGUACAUCAAUUUGCAAAGCUACGAGAUUCUGGUGCCUCUACAAGAGGGCCAGCCUCCACUUUACCAAUCGACACUCCAACGCAAACGGAAACAAUAACCCAAUUAUCAAACACACAAAGUAUGAUGUUCAAGUCCAUGACAAAGUCCUUGACAAUCCCACAUUUCCUAUAUGCGGAUGAGAUAGAUUUCAGCAGGCUCUUAGACCUUCGAACGAGGUUGAACAAGGGGCUUGCGAAAUCACCUACAAAUGAUAUCAGCAAGAUAUCAUACCUUCCAUUUAUCAUCAAGGCCGUCUCAAUGGCUCUUCAACAAUACCCAAUGCUGAACGCAAGAGUGGAUGUGGAUUCGAGUACCGGAAAGCCAGUACUCGUACAUCGAAGUCAACACAAUAUUGGUAUAGCAAUGGAUACACCAUCAGGACUGAUCGUCCCAGUCCUCAAGAACGUCUCAACCCUCAACGUUCUCUCCAUAGCAGCCGAGUUAAACCGGCUUCAAGCCCUAGCUGCGUCGGGCAAACUCACCACUCAGGACCUGAGUGGUGGUACAAUCACGGUCUCGAACAUCGGCAAUAUCGGAGGCACAGUCGUCUCUCCCGUGAUCGUGGAGAAGGAAGUAGCUAUACUCGGCAUUGGCAAGAUGCGUCGAGUGCCAGGCUUCGACGAGGAAGACGACGUGAUUGCAAGACAGAUUUGUAAUUUCAGCUGGAGUGCUGACCACCGAGUCAUCGAUGGUGCAACCAUGGCACGAGCUGCAGAGGUGGUCAAGGGGUUCGUCGAAGACCCAGAUAGUAUGGUCAUGCAUCUGCGUUGA